AUGGACCUACUGGAGCAAACUCUUGCUGCCUUGCUGUCAAAAAAUGGACAACUCGGGAAGGAAAACGAUCUGUUGAAGUCGAUGUUAAGUGUAGUCAAGGAAAACGUAGACCUGAGAGGCAGGAUGCAGAGCUUCAACAAUGAAACUCUGGAGGAAUUAACAGGUCCAGACAGGCUGCUGGGAGAGAUUGUCUACCAACUGGACAGGAGGAUUCUGUCCCAUGUCUUCCAGGGCCAGAGAAGGCUUUAUGGUUUCACACUGCCCAAUAUCCCAGGAAAAAUCAGAGAAAUCAAAUCUUGUCCCAUUAUCUGUCCAUUUAGAAAAACAAUACUUAUAACAUUCCACUAUUAUGACUCAAUAGUAAGUCAUGUUCUUCUUCCUCUCUUGCAGGUAUCCACACACCCGCUGACAGGGAAGGUAGAUGAAGGCUACCAGCUUCAUCUCACUCAGAGGCACGCUGACCUCAUGGAGAGGUUGAACCAACUAGGGUAUAAGACAGAACUUCACCCUCCUUUCACUGAGUUUAUUGUCAACAACUAUGGGAUCCUGAAGGACAGGCCGGGUGAAAACAGCGCCCAGUCAAUGGACUACAAUAAUCCAGAUUUUCUGAGUACACUGAUAAUGACCACGGCACCAAGAAUGCUUCAGAAGGACCUGCUGCUUCUGCUCACCUGCCUCUGCAACAUGGCUGAGAAGGAUAGAAAACCUCUCCUUCUCUGGUAG